CUCAGGUACUGGUAGCCCGGCCCGACAACAGCAAUCACUUUCGCCCUUCAACAUCGCAGCAACUCCAUCAGCUUGCCCGAUAGGAUUCUCAGUUACGAUCUCUGCUAUUUCCCGGACUUGAUCAAUCGCUAUCUUCUGCUUCUCUGCCUCGUCUUAGAAGCCAACUCGCCAACGUUUCUAUCGCACAGUCGAAGAAACGUCCGGAAGCAACUUCCUUGAACAUGGCUUACAUGACAUCCUCUGCUCGCGAUAUCCCGAAGCCCUCUGGCCGAGACAGCUUUGCUGCUGUAGCGGCCAAGAGCGUUCCUAUUGGCAAAGGCCAUCCUCUCCCGACUCCGCCAAAUUCCAUAUCCCCCUCCCUGCCUCCUCAUGGCCUCAAGCCAUUUGGGACGCGUUCCGGGGCGACCCAGGGCGUCUUGGAGCACGUCGAUUCUGACCUCGACCUCCAUGAAGGAUCUGAUGGAACCGGGCCAGAUGGGCUCUCUGCACAAGAGCACGACGUUGGUUCGCCUGGAUCUGAGGCGGCGGGGAAUAUUACUCCCGCUUUGCUCGCGAAGCAUCAUUUGCCAGAGAUUCUCCUAGCUCAUGGACCUCUGGCCAUCCGCCACAUCAUGGGGUACCUCACCACAUCUGUGCCAGGAUUCUCUGGCAUACCGCCUGCCAAAGCCAGAAGACUAGUGGUAGGCGCCUUGGAAGGGCGUGGUAGCGGAGGCGAAGGAGGUGGAGUGAAGGGUGACGUGAAGUUUGAGAAGGUGGGAUGGGGACGCUGGGACGCAAGGUUGAAGGGCCAUCCUGCUAGACAUGGCAGAGGCAUUGAACAGUCGCCACCUCCCAGUGCUCCAUCAUCAUACUCCGGUGGGAUGCCCAUCGCAAAACCAAACAAGGGAUUCUCCUUCGAUAGAACGCGACUGAACGCGCCGGACUCCAGCUGGGCUGGCGACUCGGUCGUCUUCUCCCACGACGAUGAUAUGGACACCAUGAUGAUGGAGGAUGAGGCUGACAAGAUGUCGCUGGACGGGGAUGCAUCCUGCACAUCGUCGGAGGCUCCCCCCGACGACGAGAUUAUGGGUGAUGACUCUGAAGACGUAACAGACGACGAAGACUGGGCAGCAGUAGGAGCAGCUGCUCUACGGGCUGCAUCCUACUCUGCAUCUGGCCCUGGCCCGAACUUUCUCACAUCCCGUCCAUAUCCGGGAGGGUCUCACAGUGGUGGCGGUCCGUCACUCUCAUUGGCAAAAUCCGUGCCUCUGAGGCCCGCUCAACAACCUAAUAAACUUGAUUUAUCAGCCUUCGGUAUGACCUCUGAUUCCCAGGAACGGGAGGCUAUCGAAGCUCUUUUACGACUUGGUUCUGUAUAAUAGAUUUGGCGGCGUUACUGGGAUGGGUGCAUAAUGGCGGCAUGGCAGCAUGGAGUGUGAGCGUCACGAUCUGCCGGCGAGCAUCGAUCGAUUGGUUUUCAAGCACGCUUUUUGAUCAUGAUCUGAAGGAUGGUUCUGGGAUAUGGUCGCUGUCCUUAAACAAAAGGAUUGGGCGACUG